AUGUCGGAUAAUAGUGCCCUGGUCGGCGAGCCUAUAUCAAGGAAUACUUCGUUCAACUGGACGUGGUUCGUGGAGCUUGCGACAGCUUCCUGCCUGACGCUCUUCUUCCUGUUCUACUUCAAUCGAGUGUUCGCAACUCUCGUGUCCUACGGCAUCAGGGCUUGGACGUGGCACAAAUACAGAGCAUGGAUUGAUAUCCAGGCGCUCCAGUUGUCCUUUCUGGCCGGUCGGGUCUUCUUCAAGGGCGUUCGGUAUCAUGCGGAGAACGAGACGGUCUUGAUUCAGAGUGGCUACAUCACCUGGAGGUAUUGGCAGUCGUCCUCGCGGCAAGUCGAUCUGAGCGAUCCGGAUGAACAUGAGCAAAAUCCAACACAGACCGAGAAGAAGGCCUCAACCGUGGACAGGUCAGACGAGUCAGAACCACCGUUAACGGAUCCUGAGUCGGGGCGAGUGAGAAAGAAAGACACCGCAGACGCUCGCAUCUCGGUCUUCAUCGCGGGCCUAGAGUGGUUUGUCUACAACCGUACACCUGUCUACGAGUCCAUUGUGCAGGAUGUGUUGAUCCACGAGCUCAAGCAUGGCAGCUCAGACUCUCAAACUGCUGGCCACCAUCACGAGCACAAACCACCCAAGCUGCACCAUCGCAAGGACGCAACAAGGCCUCACUCUAAAGAUGCAGCCACUAGCGACGACUCCGCUGACAGUCCGCUUGGCGAAAAGAACGAGCAGCAGUCACCACUCGGCGAGUUCCCGGUGCCCAUUGUCCGUGCCGAUACUUUCACGAGUGUGGCCUCUGGGGUAGAUGUGCCAACCGCAGAUGUCCCGUCCUUCUACGGUUGGAUCCUGCGUGUCCUUCCAGUUGCGGUCGAAUGCUCGAAGGGCGCAAUUUCCCUUGGGAACGAGACCACUCGAGCGCUGGUCGUGACGACCUUCGCGUCUGCCAAAGGCCAUAUUGAUGCAGCUGCCGCUCGGCCCUCAGACUAUUUCCGUCAAGUCUUCGAUUUUGAAAUCGAGAAACCAAAGGUCGAGAUGAGGCCCAACCCUGACUUCCGUAGGUCUCAAUUUGUGGCUGCUGAGAGGAUCAUAUUGGCCGCUGAGUCCCUCAGGCAUCGGCCGCGCUGGUGGCACGUCGACCUCGGCGUACGACGGCGCGUGGUUAAAACGUUCCACAGCAUCAGGCGUCUCCUUCCAGGCAGCUCACGAGGCUCGUUACGUACUACCGCUUCGCAAGAAGACUAUGACAGGAAGCAAUAUGCUUACGAGGAAUUUCAAGACGACAACCGAUCAUGGCAUGGUCUGGGUAGGUACAUGGACGAGGAUGAGCGCGACGACCACGAAGGCUGGUCACACAUUGACUAUGCAAGAUUCUCCCAAAUUCUAGACUGUCCUGGAGUUCACUUCAGAUUCUUCUGGGACAUGCCUGGGAAGGUAAUGGAGGAACACGCCGAAUCAGCAGCGCAAACAAAUAUUGACGACAUCAACAUGUCCAAGCCUCCAGCCUACGGUAUGGAUCUGAUCGUCAAGGGAGGCUUCGUCAAUUAUGGGCCUUGGGCAGACCGUCUCCGCCUUGAAAUACAGACAGCGUUCUUCCCGAACCCCUACCGAACCAUGACACCAGCUGCUCGGGUCAAAACGGGAGAAGCUCGGCAGUAUACAACGAUGACAAUACGUGUCCAUCUCGAGGAUGAAGUCAGUCUUCGCGUGCCGACGAGAGAACGAUCAAAGGACUGGCAAUGGAGAAAUCGAGCACAUGCUGUCCGCGAAGCAGCUGCAGCACGAAAGCAACGUGAGAAGAGGCAUUUUCGAUUCCGCCGCUCGACGAAAACGAAACUCGGACCAGAUGUUCGCCCAUUCGGCUGGCUGACUGUCUCUGCGGGACAAGACUCGACUGUGCGAUAUGAUAUGGACAUGUUGCCACGAGCUGAAGGCUACAUUAAUCAUCUGCAUCUUGACCUCAAGAACACAAAGGCAACUUCCAGUGUUAACCACGCUCUUCUCUGGCGUUGCCCGUCGCAAAAAGUUUCCUGCGAUCUGUCGAACCCUCUGAUGUGGAACGGUCUCCAUACCUGGACCUUUGAUGUCGAGAGCAAUGCUAUGGAGAUGUUCAUCCUGAGGGACCACAUGAUCAUGCUGACGGACCUCGUGAGCGACUUCACGGCUGGACAAAAACCUGACUACAUGACAUUUGUGCCUUUUAUUUACCGGCUUCAUCUCACGUUCCCAGAACUGAAGCUUUUCCUGAAUGCAAAUGACUACAAUAUCAUUGACAGUCCGAACGAUCUCGAGGAAAAUGCGUUUUUGAUCCUGGGGUUUCAAACGCUCGCCGGAGAUGUGGACAUACCCAUACAGUACUUUUCGCCCCGUCAGAGCUCUGUUCAGUUCAUUGGAGAGGGUCACAACGCGUCCUUGGAACUCAUCACUCCUGUCUGGAACACGCUCAAUACUUUGGCAGAGGAUACGACCAUGAUGACUCUGAAGCAGCUGAACUUGGAAGGCUCGUACAACUACUACCCAAAUGUAUCUCCAAAACUAACGGACUCCCUAUUCAUGACUAUUACGGGCUAUGCCCCAAAGUUCUUUUUGCACGGUUAUCUUAUCCGCUACUUCAUGAAUGUCAAGGAGAACUACUUUGGGGAGGAUCUUCACUUCAGAACACUCGAGGAGUAUCAAGACAUGUUGGCUGGAAAUGAACCGCAAGGACCGCGACCGGGCAUCAAGAAGGAUAAUGACCUCGACGUUAUCCUGACAGUCCGUGCCGACAGUGCAGCCGUGUUGAUGCCGGCCAACAUUUACUCGCGCCGUGAAAACCUUCGGGUGGAUAUCCUGCUCGUGGAGGCAGAUAUGCGUUUCACUAACUACUACAUGGACCUGCAAGUCAGCUCAAGUCCACUCGAGGCUUCGAUUGAGUCAAGCUCACUGAAGGACAAUCAGCCGUGCAGCGACAUCACGAAUUGUCAGCUGUUCAUUGACGGAGUCGGUGUCUACGGCCAUCGACUUUUCGGAGCUCCGCCGUUGGAGCCGACUUACGCCUGUCACUGGGAUAUCAAUGUUGGUGAGGUGACGGGGGAAUGCACGUCGAAAUUUAUCCAGACACUGAUCAACGCUAUCAUGGCCUUCAUUUACACAUUGGACGACGAUGAAAAUUCACUGCCGCCUUUCAACAGGACCGCUGUACACGAUGUAAUAUUUCUCAGAGCUAACAUUGCCGGGCUCCGUGUCUGGCUUGUUGCAGGCGCUGUCGCCUACAUGGUGGAUCUAUCGGAGACAGACGUCUCUUUCAGUGAUUGGGCCAAUUCCAACUUUGCCAAAAAGUUGAGGGCCAACGUACCCAAAAUCGAAGUUGCGGCCGUGGACUACAAGUGCGCUCUACGACAUCACGACCGCAAAUCAGGCCCUGUAGAGACUUAUGCUUGCUUCGAGACCUCUCUUCGGAUUGGGACACUGGAUAAAACGGAUAACUUGGCCCACACACGAGCAUUGCAGCAACAGCAUAUCCGCUAUCACGAUCAACGGACUCACCGAGCCAACUGGUUAUUAGACACCCGAAAGCAAUAUCCCCCCAACCACAAGAUACCUGAAUGGGCCCGCGAUCUCCCUGCUAUGCCAGUACCUGCAAUGCCGGAACCUGUGGGUACACCAGCGAAUACAAGUUUUCCUGACCCGGUGGAUAGAUUUGGCCGCAAGCGCUCCAACCGCAAGAGCUCCUUUAUAUCAGUCCCUUCGCUUAGGAACUCUGGCGAGUCGUAUGUACAGCGCCCAUCACACCCGGACCCAAGUACUUUGCACCCUCCUUCCGAACGGUCCGCCGCAAACGAGAGACAUUCUCUCGAUCGUCUACAUGGCCGAGAUGGAGACACCCACCAAGCACUGGUUACUUUCUCCAGUCCAUGGACGCCACCUCAUUUCACACUGCUGGACGUCCAACCCGAAAAAACACACAUGCCACAGUUGCCAGAUCCACGACGGAGUGAUUUUGCGUCCUUAACGGCGCAGGAUAGCGAGGAUCCUGAGACCAAAAGCGACGAGUUCGAGGGCACGCCGCACAACGGUGUUAUCGCCAUGGUGCAAAAUGGCCUGACCGGAUUUUGUUCCCCAGCACUGUUUCUCUCGAUAGGACAGACAAUUAGGGAACUCAUUGCCGACCAUCCUAUCGACCAGCUGGACAAGAUGCAGAUUACAGUAAUGAAGCGUAUACUCGAGACUCACAAGCAUGACGAUCAGGGCCACGUUAUGGACUUCGCUGUACAAGUGCCGUUUGCACAUAUCAAGUUGGUCAACACUCUGACGAAAGACGGUGGUUUCCCUUCAUCGAAUGAUCAGUACGAUGUGAAGCUCACAGGCUCACAGAUGAUGUACCGCCUUUUGCAUCCCAAAACCGCCCGACCAGGGAUUACUAGCCCUCAUAACCAGCUCGCGUAUGGAUCUAUUCAGAACCUCUCAGUCUCUGUCAGAGAUGAUGCUUUGGCCUCUGGACGACCGUCUGCUCAUGCGGCUGUGUCGCUUGCAAGAGUGGGAUUUUGGUUCUCUAUGAAAGAAGAAGUCAAUUCAAAACUGCAGUUAAGCAAUUUCGACGUCGUGUUGUGGGCGGAACAGCUGAACAGCAUGGCGGCUCUGAUUCAAAGGACUGUGGCCAUGGUCGAUCAUAUCAUCGGUGCCUUCGACGGCCUCGAUCAAAGCUUCAAGUCAAGACAUCUGAUCUCCCAUUUGACUCAAGCAGGCAGUGCGAUCGCAGAUCCCGUAUUUCUGACCAGGCCAUCCUACGUGCUGCGAAGCGCUGACAAGCACGUUCGCCUGAGCGACUCGUGGAAGAUCAUUUCUCGUCUCAGGCACAUCUUUGCUACCAUAGAGAAAGACAAGGGCAGAGAGUUUGUCGAGAAAUGUGGCUGCCCAGAUCUUGAGUUGAAAGACCUGGACAAGCGUCAAGUGCUGUCUUCAUUCGAACAGUGGCGAGGAUGGGACCACGCCCGUGAUAAGGUGCCGAUCAUGAUCACCUUAUUCGAAACCCCCGGGAGGCGAACACCUGAAGCUUCACUCAAUAGUCUCGUUGUACAUUCCGAGAUUAUAGUUGGGAAGCUAGAAGUCAUCUUGGAUCCAGGUCCGCGGCAGAGCGAUUUUGCCGUCCUAGGUCUCGACUUCAACAUCAUCUUGCGGCGAGGACAAGCCUCUGGUAUUGACGGCAACGGGCAGAGGGUCAUCCUUCAAGCGUACACUGCAGACACAUCGCUUCACCUCAACUGGGCACUUGUGGAACUGGCUCGUCAGUUGAUCGAGCUGGUCAACCCUCCCGCUCAAAGACCUCCCAGAAACGAUGCGCUCGUUGCACAUAGUAAAGAGCCUUUGAGUGCGACAAGAAACCACUUUACUGUCGUGGUAGGAACUGAUGCAGCGUCCAUCCACCUCACCACCAUCAACCUCAAACUCAAGUGGGCGGCUGAAAGCUUUCGAAGUGCGUUUUCUUUCUCCGAAGGCAGCUCUGGGCCAACAGUCUCCUCCUUUACUAUCGCUGCAAACACUGCAAUGGCCAAAUUCAGAGGCCCGACGCGUACUUUGAUGUUGUGGCGCAUCCGCAUGCCAAAGCUGUACGGCUCAAUCUGGCCACAAGGGCAGAGUCAGUCUGCGAAACAGAAGAUGAUUGUGCAGGUCUGCGCCGCUUCGAACAGACUCAGGUUUCAAAUGAAAGAAGAACUUGUGAAGGUGCUUCUGGUCGCGGACUCAAUCGUUCGGGACGAAGUUGCUACGAUCAUUCGCCUUGUCGAUGAAAUUCCAAAGAGCCAAAAUGAUCAUGAAAAGGUGACUUUGACUAAUCAACCAAGCCUGGACUUGAACGUUGACCUUCGAGUUGCCAUGUUUUUGGACGACUACCGGUUGAAUUUUGCCAUCCUUCCAUCACUGCAGUACGCAAUUACAGGGAACGCAGCAAGAACAAGCAUUAUUCCUCGUCGAGAUGGGGGCCUCGAUAUCAAUCUUGACAUCAAGGAGCAUGAGCACUUGUUCGAGGUAUCCCAGGGCAGUUCUAUGGAUAACUUGCCUCUUCUGACGAUGCCACCGAUCAAUGGUCAUAUUUCUGUGGUACCGGCGGCUUCUUUGAUAUCCAUACGGGCUCGUAUGACUGUGGAGCAAAUCAAUCUCGAGGCAUCCGGAGUACGGGCUUGCUUCGAUGCAUUGAACCAACCUGGCGUCGUCCAGUUGAUACCCGAUGCCAAACAUGCCAUCCAGCAGAUUCAAAGCUCAGCUGAUCGCGCGCUAGGAACGAGAUCGCAGCCCAGCAAGGUAAAGAAAGAAGACGCAGCUCUGCUACUUCGCUACGCGAUACAUGGCACACUUGCAGGUAUCAAGAUUCACUUCAGCGCUCCCUCAAUCCGAGAGGACCAGGACUACCGGGCAGAUAUGGAACUUAAGCUUCGAGGCACGACCUUAUUCAUGCACAACGAGAUGGACAACCCAGCCUCAAUCCAGGAGCGCCCACAAUUCACCCUCAGUACUCAAAGCCUCGGUCUAGGUCUUUAUCGCAGUACGAGUCAUGCUCGAGAAAGUUUCGGGACGUUCUCUGUGGGCAUGAAGGCCUCAGGCAAAACAGAGACUCUUGGAAAUGCGGGUAAAGUCCAGGUCUACAGAGCCUGCAGUGACGGGUUGAUCGUUGAGCUAUACGAGGAGACCGCAACGCUAGCCGUCGAUAUCAUUGCCUUCCUGCAGGACCGCAUCAAAUCGAUGAAACUGGCCGACCGUGAAGGUAAUAUUCAACACAUCCGGAGGUUGACGACCGCCGGUCUGACAGACCGCCUGAAGCCGAAGGAACAGCUGUCCGAGACGGGCAGUGAUGCUGGCCAGAGUAUCGACGGCUCUUCCACUGUAUUGUAUGACUCGACCUACGCCCUUGACCUCGGAAAUAUUAUGUUGCGCUGGAAUUUAACCAGUGGCUCUCGGCUCUCAUCUAGCCACGAGACGGAAGAUCUGGUGUUUUCUAUACGCAAAGUUGACCUGAAGACACGGCAGGAAGGCACUGCUCGUCUUGCAAUCUCGGAUACGCAACUGCAGAUGGUUCCCAAGUCCCAGGAGGGGAGUCCUAUUACUCGCACGGCUAACUCUGCGCUACUGCCAGAGGUGGUCUUCGGCACUGGCUAUCUCUCAACAAAGCAUGAGCGAAGAAUUGCAUUCCAGGCGAAAGGCAAAGCUCUCGAUCUUCGACUGGCAUCCGACUUCAUUAUUCCUGGCCACGCCCUGCAAAAGUCGUUCGGUAACGCCAGCGGAGAGUUGCGUAAUGCCAGAGCAAUCUACGAGACAGGCCCAGCGACUCCUCAGGCUGCGCCAAUUGAUCUUCUAGGUGGAAAACGCCUGGCUUCGCUCCUGGUCGAUGCGGAUUUCGCUGGUGCCGUCGUUCAUAUCAGUCCUCGCGCUGAAGCUGAAAACAAAAGUUCAGCUUUCGGAUUUCUGAAAGGUCCCAAACGCUCUCGUGCUGGCCGAUAUGGUCAAGCAGUCCAAGGGGAAGAUGUUUCUUCCGCAGUACUUCAGGCUCCUGGCGUUGCCCUGAAAGUCGAAUACAAAGACGACAACAAAGGAGAUCCGUCGCUCAGCACUGAAGUAAGGGUUGCAGCCUCCUCGAACACACUAUAUCCCACGGUUGUACCUUUGAUCUUAGAGAUAUCAGCCAGCGUCAAGGAAAUUCUAGGUGACGAUCAGGUGAACAAUGCCGGUUCGCCUGCACCGACAGAGUCACGCAGCUACUUGUCAGACGCGGCCCUUAGCAACUCGAAUCCGGAUGCCAUCUUCGGCCGCUGCAAGUUGAAUGCAGGCCUAUACAUCCAACCGCAGGAGUUCAGCCUGAGCUGUCAACCCAUUGCAAGAGUGGCAGCCACUGCCAAAUUUGCCGACAUCUUUGUUAGGGUCAAUACCGUGUCGGCCCCUGAUCAGGAGCGUUUCUUUGCCAUUCUCACGACAUUCAACAAACUCGAAGCUUCAGUCCAGCAUGUGUACUCUCGAGAAUCGACCGCAAGCUUCGAGGUUGAUUCUAUCGUCAUGUCACUGAUGAAUAGCAGACAUGUAAGUGCCACAACAGGCAUUUCCGCGAUCCUCAACAUCAGCCCAAUGAAGACGGACAUCAAUGCAAAACAGCUACAGGACUUCCUUCUGUUCCGGGAGAUCUGGUAUCCUCCAGAGCUACGAGGUCGAGCAAAACCCUCGACAGCUGCCGCCUCUCCGCUCGAUCAACAGGCAUAUGCGAUGCAGCGCUAUCAGGAGCUCUCUGGGAAGGGUACGCUGCCAUGGCACGCCAUAGUGUCUGUGCAGGAGCUGCAACUCGUGGUUGAUCUGGGACAGGGUCUCGGCAAAUCCGUCUUCACAGUCUCCAAACUCUGGGCCUCUUCGAGGAAGAACAGUGACUCUGAGCAGAACCUGUGCAUUGGAUUUGACAGAGUCGGUAUCGAUAGCACCGGCCGUAUGAGUGGCUUUGUUGAGCUGGAGAACAUGCGCCUCCGAACGUCCAUUCACUGGCCUGAAGACGCAGCAGCCAAGGCUCGUGCUCCGUUGGUCCAAGCAUCGAUCGGUUUCGAGCAUUUCCGUGUCAAGGCAGCUUUCGAUUAUCAACCAUUCGCCGUUGCGGACAUUUCAUUCUUCGACUUCCUCAUGUACAAUGUCCGGCAAGGGCACAAGCACGAGAGCGACCGGCUGGUCGGCAUCGUCAACGGAGGCAAGGUUCAGGUGUUCUGCACCACCGGCACGGCAGCCCAAGGUCUCGCUCUCGUGCAGGCAUUCGAGAGACUGGUCCAAGAGAAACAGGAAGCAUACAAGACUUCACUCCGAGAUUUGGAUAAGUUCCUGCGGAGGAAAUCAAUGUUCCCGUCCAACAGUUGGACUGCGGCCGUUCCUGCUCGGCAGCAAAAGGAGGACGGACCGAACAAGAAGGGAACGUUCACCCUGCAUACGGAUGUGAUCGUCACUCUUGGGGGCUUGGACGCCGGUGUCUUCCCGAACACGUUCUUCGACAACCAGAUCCUCAAAGUCGAAGCCACUGACGUCCAAGCUCGCUUUGCCGUUGCCACCACAGAGGGCAAAACGCACAGCUGCUUAGGCAUGAGCCUUGGCCAGCUCCGGGUCGCUCUCUCCAAUGUCAACCGAGCCACCACCAAAGCCCUCAGCGAAGUCUCGGUGCCAGACGUUGUCGACCGCGCCACCAGCUCCCGGGGCGGCACGAUCGUGAAAGUGCCUCGCCUCGUCUCCUCGAUGCAGACGUGGCAAGUCGCAGAUUCGAACGUGAUUGAAUAUACCUUCCGCAGCACGUUUGAAGGCAAAGUCGACGUUGGCUGGAACUACGCCCGCAUUUCCUUCAUCCGCGGCAUGUGGCAGACUCAUUCGCGCGCCCUCGCUCAACGGCUCGGCAAACCGCUGCCACCCUCAGCUAUCAAAGUCACCGCCGAGCCCCCGGCGGCUUCGUCUUCGGCCGGCGGCAGCGACGCAGGUGGCACUGGAGGCGAGAAAAUCACGGCCGUGGUCAACGUGCCUCAGAGCAAGUUCACGUAUGUCGCGCUCCAGCCCCCAAUCAUUGACACGCCGCAACUGAGAGAUAUGGGCGAGGCGACACCCCCGUUGGAGUGGAUCGGACUGCACAGGGAUAAAUUGCCGGAGGCGACGCACAGCAUUGCCAUUGUCUCGCUGUUGGAGGUCGCGAGAGAGGUGGAGGAUGCUUAUACGAGGAUUUUGGGUGCCAGUUAG